AAUUAGGAAAGAACAGAUUAUCGAUUGCGUCGAGCUCUCUCCACCUCUGCUUUGACGUCACUUCCCGUGUGUGUGUGUGACUCCGUCUUCUCUAGACUACAGUUGUGUCGUGUUCGUGCUAGUGUUUCGGUGUAGGAAUAAUAAUUUAAUAUACAAGGAUGCCAAUUCCUGCUGGAGAUGCAGUUAAGGGUAAAAGCAUUUUUGUCAAGCGCUGUGCUCAGUGCCAUACAGUAGAUUGUGGUGGAAAGCACAAAACUGGACCAAAUUUGUCUUGUCUGAUAGGACGUAAAACUGGCCAGGCACCUGGCUUUGCUUACACCGAUGCCAAUAAAAACAAAGGUAUUACUUGGACAAGGGAGACUCUUUUUAUUUAUCUGAAGAAUCCCAAGGAAUACAUUCCUGGCACAAAGAUGAUAUUUGCAGGUAUUAAGAGAGAAAAAGAACGAGCUGAUGUUAUUGCCUAUCUGGAGGAAUGCUGUAAAUCAUAAUGACAAUUGACUUAGUGAUCUCAAAAUAAUAGGAUUAGAUAAUAAAAUAGGCAAAAAUAUAA